UGUCGUGUUCGGAAACGCCGCAGAACGCGAGCAACACAAAUCACGGAAUCGGUAACGAAAAUCUGUAAACCAAGUACGGUUGAGUUUGUGGUGUUUCUCGAUCGGAAUUGCAUCGGUUACUGCGCGAACACAGGAUCUCAGAGACGAUGGGUAUGAUGGAUAGUUUGGGUCUGAGCGGACUCGCCGGUGGCGUUCAGCGGAUGGACAAGCGACAGUUCCUGUUCCAAAUGCUCAGCUUCGGAAUGAUCGUUUCGUCCGCACUGAUGAUCUGGAAGGGUCUGAUGGUGGUCACGGGCAGCGAGUCACCGAUUGUUGUCGUGCUGAGCGGCAGUAUGGAACCGGCUUUCCACCGUGGCGACCUGCUAUUCCUCACGAACCAGGACGAACCGGUGCGCGUUGGAGAGAUUGUGGUGUUCAAGAUCGAGGGCCGUGAUAUUCCGAUCGUCCACCGAGUGAUUAAGCUGCACGAAAAGAGCAAUGGCACGGUGAAAUUCCUUACCAAGGGAGACAAUAACUCGGUCGACGAUCGGGGUUUGUACGCGCCGGGUCAACUGUGGCUUACCAAGAAAGACAUCGUUGGCCGAGCAAGAGGGUUCCUGCCGUACGUGGGGAUGAUCACGAUCUACAUGAACGAGUAUCCGAAGCUAAAGUACGGCAUUCUGGGACUGCUAGCGUUAUACGUGCUUGUGCAUAGAGAAUAAGGCAACAGGAGGCGGUGCACCUUCCUUUCUUCUUUUGAUGCAAUUGCAUUCCAAUCCUACUCGUCGCUGGGCGGGUUGUUGGAAUACGCGUUUGGCUCUCGAUGGUAUGCAUCGCGUUUUGUUGAAUUGUUCCAGCUCGAUCGGACGCCUGCAACGCCACGAAUCCGAGCAGAGUUUCAAUUGUAGGAAAGCAGUGCUACUCAGUUUGGUAUCUCGCAUGAAAAAAAGGAUGAAAGAGGGUGGUAAAUAAAAUAAAUUAACAUA